UGAACACUAUCCUGGUCUAACAUCUGCAAAGCCAACUAGGCAGAAGAAUAAGCUACAGUACAGGAUGUGUGUGUCAGGUGAGACGAGCGUGGGCGUGUAAUGUACUCUGUUCUGGGACAGACCUCCACACCCUGCACAGGAACCUCAUGGCAGCCUACAACCUGGAGCCCCGAGUGGACUCCUUGUUUGGGGGCCAGUGCCCGAGGGAGGUGCUGCGGCGUCGGCGCUACGUCGCCCUGGAUACGGGAGACGGCGAGUGCCCGCAGGACGCCGUUACUGCCGCGCUGGAGCCGAGCCGGGUGCUGAGGUUGGUUGGCCCGGCCGGGGCGGGGAAGUCCAUGGUGGUGCAGAAGCUGCUGGCAGACUGGGCCUCUGGGAAGAGGCUGACCCACUUCGCCUUCCUGUUCCCGCUGCCGCUGGGGAAGCUGGGCUCUGGGACGGGGAAGCGCUCUCUGGCAGACCUGCUGUCCCAGCAGCACUUCAACCUAUCCAGAACCUCCAUAGACCUGGUGUUCCAGAACCCUCGGUCCCUGCUGUUUGUGCUGGAUGGGCUUGACCAGGACCAGGACCAGGCACCCCCCUGCAGCGACCCAAACCAGCCAGCCCCCCUCUCUGCGCUGGUGUCUGGGCUGCUCAGGGGCACCCUCCUCCCGGGGGCCUCUGUGCUGAUGACCUGCAGGCCCCCGGCGUCUCUGGAGCCCCUGUCCGAAAGCGUGGAGGUGCGGGGCCUCUCUCGGGAGGGCAGGGGGGCGUACCUGCGCCCGUUCUUCCCUGACCCGCGGGAGACCGCCCUGGUUCUGAUGCACAUGGAGGAGACGCUGGGGUUCUGUGCCCUGACCCGCCUCCCCAGGUUCUGCUGGACCCUGUGCUCUGUGUACCGGGAGGCGUGGGCAGCCGGACGGGCCCUUCCCAAAACGGUGACCCACGUGUUAGCCCAAGCCACCGCCAGCCUGUUCCAGCGGCACGCGGUGAGGGUGGAGCCUGCCGCCGCCCUGCUCACAGGGCUGGGCAAGAUGGCCGCCAGUGCGGUGCUGAGUGGCACCGGGUCCUGCUCUUGGGAGGAGAUGGACACCUUCGGCCUCCCGCCGCCCCAGGCCUCGGCGCCGCUGCGGGACUUCCUGCGCCCGCGCCCGCACUCCUGCUCCUUCCUCUCGCCCGAGCUGGCGCAGUUCCUCCUGGCUGUGGCCUACCACCGAGGCUGCUGGGAUACGGGCGGCCUGCCGGACCUGCUGAAGCUGGCCGCCGGCAAGGCCGACCUCCUGGAGCUCUUCCUGGUGGAGCUGUGCGACCCCUCCCAGAGGGCACCACUUGAGGGCGCCGUCGGGGAGUUCGACAGCGACCGCGCCCUGGAGCUCUCCGACUGGCGUUGUGGUAUGGGGUCGAAGAUUUGACACUUCAGCCCGGGACAGAUGCCAUUCAGAUUAGCAUUUACACUCUUUUCUAAUGCUGUGAGCGAGAUGUAUCCCGUUUAACGCUAAAUCGUGUUACACCGAACCACCACGUUUUUAUUGCGGACACGCCCUUGUCUCGUUUUAUGUUGGGGAAAAUACCCAAUAUAUAAGUAAUCGUGUGGUGCAUCCGCAUCAUUAAUUAAUGCAUUUCACCAAUGCAAGUUGUGUUUUAACUACUUUUUUUGGUUUACAGUUUGGUUCGACUAGUGAGCAGUAACAGUAACCACAACGUAAUAAAGUUAUUUUGUAACUUGCAUUUGUCUCCAAAUUAAAGUCUCUUCAGUACUGAAUCUACAGAUGAUCCUUUUCAUCAUCUGAACUGUACUUAUGCCACUUAACAGCGCUCUAGACAUUAGUCACUGCCGAAAUAAAUAAAUAAAUAAAUAAAUAAAGAUACAGUCAAGAAUCUUGAAUGCUUUAAACAAAAACCUCUCUGGUCUAAAUUACAUCGGCAAAUCGUUUGCAGAUUUCCUUAUCUAGUUCG